CCUGUGUGGGUCAGUACCAACGGAGACACAGCAGGCGGAGUCUGAAGUGUCAUAACGUGCUGUUUAUAUCAUCGUAAAGCAUUAUCAAGCUGACCUGAGAAGCGGAUCAACAGGCUGCAGCGUGAUGGUGACCCAGCUCAUCUCCGGCAUCACGUACGGCAUUCAGGCUGUGACCUUGCCAGGCAGCCCGACCGCCAUUCCUGCCGCGCUUCCCGUCCUUCCUGCCAGCACCAGACUCUACCUGGAGUUCACGGGCCAAAAUGGGCUCAUCGGGAGGACAGUUUUAAAGCUGGUAGACUUCGGCAGGCUAGGGCGCGAGUUCGACCUGCUGGUGACGGGCCGACUCGGGUAUGGCUACAAGGGGUCGAGAGUGUACGCCUGCUGUAGGAACGAGUGGUGUUUGAUGGGGGACCUGAUCUACGAUGUCCCCGCGCCGCCCGAGCAGCCUCUGCAGGACUGGGACUGCAGGAGUGCCACCCCGUCCCAACCCCCUGACUCGGGGACUUCCGAAGGAGAGGCAGACGAAGGGGUGUUCGUCCCGCGUAAAUUACAUCGAGGCUACAGAGGGCUAACUGAGUACGAGAAAUCGACCCUCAGCGACACCGUGGGAUCCGUGGUCUUAGUGGGGUCGGACCUGGACAUAAGCACCGGUGCCUGGACGCUCGGACCGCAGUUCAAAAUCUGCCUCAGCGAGUCUCUUGUACCGUCAGGACGGGUGGUGGCGCAGGUGGAGGCGGGGAUGGACGUGGUCGCGAGGCUCUCUCAGAUGAGUCUUAAAGGAGACUUCGCUCCGUCAGAGAGGAUUACCAUCACCAGCUGUGGCUCCUGCUGACACUCGGGGGUCCUUUCAACAGGCGUUCUUGGUCAGUUUUGAGCAAUAAUAAUAAUAAUGAUGUUUAUAUCAAUCUUGCAUAACGAUACUUGGCAAUAACGCGUGAUACAAGAUGCAAUCGAAAUAAAACAUUCAGCUUUCCUUUUACGAAACUUCUAAAAGCUCUUUAGAAAAAUCUAGUUAACAGUUUUCCAAUUAAGAUAUAAAUCUUAUCAGAAAAUGCUGUGCAAUUUUUCGGGCGAACUAACUCGAAUG